AUGGGACCCUGGGAAUACGUUGUGGACUGUUACAAAAUCGUCAAAACCUCUUCAACAAAACGAGAACAAUUCUUUGAAAUAUUAGCCACCGAAUUAUCGAAACGAGAUGGCGACGUGACCAAAACAACAACUACUGCUGAAAGUCGUAUUCAACAUCAUUAUGAAAGAAUCGUCAGUCUAACUUAUUGGAUUGUGCGACGAUACAUCGAAGGACACGGUGAUGAGGAUAGAGUAAAAGAAUGGAUGAACAAUUGGCAAGAACACAUAAAAGAAUUACACAAAUGA